UACCUUGAUAUUGUUUUUAGAAUGUUAGGUGGUGUAAAGUUAAAAGUGUGCUUUACUCACGAAAGAUCAUGUUUUGGCUACAUUAGUCCAAAGUACAGCACAAAUAAUGAACAGUCACUAUGUGUUCAAGUUUUAUCAAGAGAAAAGCAAUUAUUCCUGUGGGUGGUAUUCAGCAGCAAUGUUUCAGAAGGUCAGAUAGCCCUUAAUCCUGUUUACAGCAAGAUGGUAGGCUUAGAGGAGGGUGCUGAAGUGUUUGUGGCUCCGUAUGGUGAUGUAAAGAUACUAGACGAAUUGUUUGUUGAUACAGACAGUCCAGAUGACCAGGAGAUAUUGGAACACAAUACAGAGAUUCUACAACUAAGAAUUCUAGAUCAACUUAGACUUGUAGUUGCUAACCAGAAGGCUGUGGUCUGGAUAUCAACAUCUUUACCAAUAGUAUUCACACCAAAACAAACUGGCUUACUUGUAAACUACAGUAGAAUAAUUGUUAAAGUAGAUGCAUUCAACAGUUUCCAUGGUGGCCUUACAAACUCUUAUGUAAAUGUACCAAAAGAAACAAGUCACAAGUUUACAAAUAUAGGUAUUAUUAACAAAGGCUUGCUUCAACCAUAUUUAAAUGUACCAAAAAGGUUAGUUUUAAGAACAUUACCCAUUGAUAGUGAUGGUAAAAAGAAUUUAAUACAUCCAUACACUGUUUUCGUACAUGAAGACUUAAUAGAUGACAAAUUAAAAGACCUAAUGAUUAUACUAGGUACAAUGAAGAAUAUACCGUCAAUUAUAAAUGAACUUUCUGAAGAAGAUGAAGUAGAGAAUAACAUACAAAUUGAUGGCCUGUGCGUAGAAAUAAAACCGAUCGAUAGUGUUGUAUAUAGAAGCUUAUCUAGAGAAGUAUAUAAUAGGAAUAUACCAACAGUACUUAUACCUAAGUCAUUAAAUGUGAUAAUCAAUAUUGAAAAUGGUAUGAAAGUGAUAUUUAAUAUAAUAGGUGAUGAAGUUGAACAACCAGAACAUAUAGAAAUUAUAACCUAUUCGGAAAAAGUUAAUACAGAAAUAGAUGUUAUAGAAAGGUUUAAGAAUUGUGUAGUAAAAAGCACACAUUCUGGAAGGAAGUUCCUAGUAAAUGAUGGUAUGGUGAAGCAAAACACGCAAAUAACCAGUGGUUUCUUAAGGUUUAAAUUGAAACCAGAGAAAAUAAAGUAUACAAUGAUGAAUUCUGAAUCGUUUCGGAACUGCACAGUAUCCGCAAAAUGCUUAAGCGACACUGAAUUAACUCUGCCGAAAGCAGUGACGUCAAAAUUAGAAUAUGACUUCAAGAAUUAUUGUAGAACUGUGAAAUCUAGUAAAGAAUUGGUGGAGAAGAUAAUAUCGCAUAUAAACUUUGAAAUACAGAGGGAGGCCAGUUUCAAAGGUGUUUCAGAGAUAAAAAGUAAUAUUUUGAUUACUGGUCAAAGUGGUGCAGGCAAAUCCUCACUCUGUCACAUAGUACAAAAGGAACUGACCGUGUGGUCUCAUAUCUUACACUGCCGGUCUCUCAAAGGCCGUAAAGACAUAACUGAGGUGCUGGGUAAGGCGAUACUGCUGUGUCAGGAGCAUAGCCCUGCAGUGCUGAUAUGUGACGAUGUUGACGCGUUGGUGCCGCCCAAUAUGGAGGGCGGGUCGCCUCAGGAUAUCGCUUAUUAUCAGAGGCUAGCCACAGUAAUAAAGCACAUGCUACAGACGUGUUCGGGCGUGUGUGUGCUGAUGACGUCACUGAGUGUGAAGUCCUUGCAUCCAACAUUGAGACAGUUUAGUGGAAAGCCUCUUUUUACCGCGCAUUUCGAUAUCGUGGAGUUGAGUCAGGACGAGAGGGUAGAACUGUUCAAACAUUUGCUGAACGACAAAGUUCGGGAGUCGUUUUUGGUGGAGGAUGAUGACGUCAUCCGACUGGCGAUGGAUACCGCCGGCUGUAACGUGAGAGAGAUCGUGGACUAUCUCAAUAGGAAGAUAUUCAAGGCCGUCAAAAAGAAAAAAUCUCAUGCAAUGGACGAUAAGCCCCGUCUAGUGGAGGACGUAACGAAGGACAGCGAGAAGUCUAAAGCCUUCGACAUCUGGGAGCCGCUGGGAGGCAUGAGUGACGUCAAGCAACAGAUCGCCGAGAGUAUAUUCUGGCCUAUCAUGUAUCCAGCAUUAUUCCCGUCUCAAUCAUGUGGGAUCCUGCUAUACGGGCCUCCAGGGACGGGCAAGUCUCACAUCGGCUCGUGCUUGGCCAAACUGAGCAACAUGCGCCUUAUUGCGGUGAAGGGACCCGAGCUGCUGUCCAAAUACAUCGGUCAGAGCGAGAAAGCUGUCCGGGAUAUCUUCGACAAGGCGGACAUGCAACGUCCCUGCAUCCUGUUCUUCGACGAGUUCGACAGUCUCGCGCCCAAGCGCGGUCACGAUUCAACGGGUGUCACGGACCGUGUCGUGAACCAGUUGUUGGCAAGAAUGGACGGUGCGGAGGGUGGCGCUAGGGGUCCCGUUGUGGCGGCUACAUCCAGACCCGACCUGGUGGACCCGGCUUUGCUGCGCCCGGGGCGCUUACAGACGCACAUCUACUGCUCGCUGCCGGACCAAUCAAAUCGCCACGAAAUCCUGCAAACGCUGUCAAAAAGUGUGAGCAUCGACGAUAAAGUGGACCUCCAGGAGUUGUCGCGGCGGACUGGCGGCUUCUCGCCCGCGGACCUCAAGUCGCUGCUGGUCACUGCUCAGCUGGGGAGGCUGGAGAGACUGCUGGUGAACAGUGAAGACAGGAACUUAGAGUCGGUGGUAGUGUACAAGGAAGAUAUAGAAAGUGCGCUCGAAGAGACCAAGCCUUCGCUGUCCGCCGAACAGAGGCUGUUCUACGAUACUAUAUACAAAAGAUUCAGAGGGGAGACUUUGUCGCCGGAGCAGAGGCUGAUGUCGCAAAUUAUGCACAAGCAGAGAGUUACUUUAGCGUAAACUAUCGACUAUUUAUAAACAUUCCAAAAAUUAAUCAUAAAAGUUAAGUAGAUAAACGAAAAUCAUUUUAUUUGCAUAUAUAAUAGGCAUCGGCAAAGUCGCGCCGCCAAACGAUUUAGCGUUCCAGUACGAUGCUAUGUAGAAUCCGAUGUAUGGGUAGAAUAAAACUGCCAUACCCCUUCCAAGUUAGACUGCAUCAUCCCUUUUCACCAGGUGAGAUUGCAGUCAAAAGCUAUCAUAAAAUGGUAUACAUAAAAAAUCUGUCACGUGUCAUGGUUUCAGAUAACAAGUAAAUAGCUAACUUAUAAUGGUAUAUAUUAUAUAAAAAAUACUGUCGCGUAUCAUUGAGACUGGUUCUGAUGACAACUAAAUUUUAGAGUAUAUGCGCAUCUUUUUCUUACUUAUGUAGUAAGAAAAGGAUAGAUAAACUUAAUUUAAUUUUGAACUGUCGUACCUUGAAACUUUAGGUCUUUAGGUAGAGGCUUUGAUUUAAAAUUCAAUUUCCUUUCUUUUUUAGCCAUAUUAAACGGAAAAAGAUGCAGAUACUCUAAAUGUAAUUUAACGAAAGGCAUUCUUGAGACAGGACUGACUGAUUUAAUAACACACAGCUCGAACCACUAGACGGAUCGGGCUGUUUGGCAUCCAAAUAGCUAUUAUGACGUAGACAUCCACCAAGAAAUGAUUUUCGAAAAUUUAACCCCUUAUAAAGUAAAAUAGGGGUUUGUUUGUGUAGGUUCCGCGAACGAAAUCGCGAGCUGGGUUAUGUAUAUAAAAUGUACUUAAGUAGUGGUGCGUGUUGCUAAAUGCUGUGUAAAUAACUAUGUUAAAUAUUAUGUGUUAUAUAUUAAGUAGGCAGAGCUUGUGCUAUUUUUAUAAUUAUUUAAAGUUAUAAGUUCAACUAUAAUGUAGUAGUGUUUUCGGUUUUAACAUAAUAUUAUAAUGUAGUUGUUCUUGAUUUUGUGAUAUGGUUUAUUGAACAAU